AUGAUGCAAGAAGCCCACCAUCUUAAGACUACUAUUAAACAGAUGGAAGCCUCACUCGACGGGGUUGGGAGAGGUAGCCGGGAAUAUGAGGAUAUUGAAAUUACAUAUCCCUUGAACAGGUGUCUUGAAGCUCUCAAGGAAAAGCACAAUUCGGUCAGUAAGCUGCACCGCGAGAGAUUCGAGCAGGUAAAGAAGCUCGUGGAAGCCCUAGUAUCCUACUCAUCGCAUCUCGAGUCAUCCUUCGUUUCUCUGGAACUUCCACCCAUUGAGCCUGGUGCUGUGGCUCCUCCAUCAUUUGACCUUUCCCCUACCUAUGUUAAAGCACUUGAUGCCGAAUUUACCAGAGUAUACGAGGAGUACAACCGCCGUGUUGCAACAAUGAGCAGCCUGGGGCAAGAAAUAGUGAAUCUAUGGGCCGAACUCGGUACACCCCAAGCCCAAACGGAGCCCCUGAUCGUCAAACAUUACCGAGACUCUCCAGAACAAUUAGGCCUUCACCAAUCAGAUAUUGCCAACCUUCGUUCACGGCGCGAGAAACUUUUGGACGAGAAGAAUGCUAGAGAACGCAAAUUGAAGGAGCUCAAAGCGGCGGUAGAGGCCCUUUGGGACAAACUAGGGGUCGAGGAGUCAGAAAGAAAAGGAUUCCUUGCUUCCAAUCGUGGGUGUGGACUGAGAGCUAUAAACGAGUUCGAGGAAGAGCUCUCCAGGCUUAACGAGCUCAAAAGACAAAAUUUACACCUCUUUGUGGAAGAUGCUCGGUGUCGGUUGCAGGAACUAUGGGACAGCUUAUACUACUCGGAAGAGGAAAUGCUGGACUUCACUCCAGCGUUUUCGGACGUUUACAGCGACGCUCUACUAUCCGCCCACGAAGGAGAAAUCGCACGUCUUGAGGCUCUUUUGGAGGAAAGGGCACCGAUUCUUCAACUUAUUGAUAAGCACAAAUCACUGAUUGAAGACCGUGAUUCUCUUAAUGCUUCUAGCCAAGAUGCUUCUAGGUUGAUGGCCCGUGGUAACAAAGGAGAGAGACGUGAUCCUACACGGCUUCUUAGGGAAGAGAAAAUGCGGAAGAGAAUUGCAAAGGAGCUGCCAAAGGUUGAGCUAGAGCUCAGGAAGACUCUACAGCAGUGGGAAGAUGAAUACGGCAGACCAUUCCUGGUACAUGGUGAACGAUAUCUGGAUGAAGUUACACCUGCACCUCCACCAUCGAAACUCCCUCCACGGUCUAAAACUCCUUCAUCUUUCUCCACUGCUUCUAGGGCAAACUCUGUUCGAGGACCUCCAUCAAUACGUGGAGGAGCUCCGCCAAAACCAACUAUCGCCCCUCCAUCACGGGCGAAGACACCAAGCAGCCAUGGUUCCGUGAGAAACAUACCCAGGCCUUACUCUGCAGCCGCUGGAACCUUUUCAAAGUCACCUUCGAAGAUACCUGCUCGUGUUCCACUAGGUAACCUACCUCAUGGGAACAACUCUCCAGAAAGGCGAGAGCAGCCAACUCAUACCUACUCAUCAAGCACAGUCAGGGGCAAUAUGGGACCCCCUAGAGCACCGCCACCAAAGAUGAGAGAUCUAUUCCAACCACCAAGACCACAAACAUCUUUCUCUUCUUAUAAGACCGACCCAGAGCGCUGCCCAAGCUUGAUUUCGGGUAGCUCCAGCGGUAAUGUAACAUCUCUUAGCCCGGAUGAGGACUCGCAUGAGAGGAAACAUCACCAGCGUUCACGCACACAACCUUCAGUCCCGUUGCAAGCCCCGAGCGUAAACUGCUCAGUUCAGUCACUACACUCCUCCAACGUCCAAGACAGUGGGCACUACCAAUCUCAGCAAUCAUCAUUCGUUAGCCAGUCAAGUGACAAGCAGUAUCGGCCACAAAAUCCCUCCAACAGACAGAUUUCAAAUUCAACCAUACAAACGGUAACGUCAGGAUCAGAGAACUGGGAAACGUAUGACGAUGCAUCUGAACCCGAAGCAGAUGCAACUGAGGUCUAUUAUGCCAAACUACGAGCCACCCAUGGCAAACGCAUGGGAACACCUGGUGAUCUAGGAGGUACAAAGAAAAUAAGGGGCAUCCGGGGCGUGAGCUCAGAUGAGACAGAAAAUCACUACCCACACCGAGUUGACGGCAGUGAUGGAUGGACUGAUGACUUGGAACAGUAUUAA